GUCUGACCUCUCUCUCUCGUGUUGUGUGCUGACGUCAGCGGAAGGGGCGGGGCGGCAGAGCAGCAGCAGCAGACGCGGAAGUGAGCUUUGCUGCGUGAAUUAAACACAUCACACUGACAGAUCUGUGGAGGAGAGCUUCAGCACACAGGAGAUGAACCCUGCCGCUCAGCCGCUCCCGGUGCAGGAUGUUCAGGGUGAUGCGCGCUGGAUCUCACAGCAUGAGCGCUUUGUGCAGGAGUGUAAGGACGCAGAACCAGACGUGCUGUUUAUCGGAGACUCCAUGGUUCAGCUGAUGCAGCAACACGAGGUCUGGAGGGAUCUCUUCUCUCCGCUGCACGCGCUCAACUUCGGUCUGGCCGGAGACACCACCUGCAACGUUCUCUGGAGGAUCCAGAACGGAGAGCUGCAGAACAUCCAGCCGAAGGUGGUGGUUCUGUGGGUCGGCACCAAUAAUCACCAGCACACAGCGGAGCAGGUGUCAGGAGGAGUGACGGCCAUCACACAGAUCCUCAUCUCACAGCUCCCUCGAGCCAAGAUCAUCGUGCUGGGUCUUCUUCCUCGUGGAGAGCAUCAGAACUCGUUGCGUGAGAAGAACGCGGUGGUGAACGAGUUAUUGCGCUCGUCGGUUCCGCAGCUCGGUCCGGCUCAGUUUCUGGACGUCAGCGCUGAGUUCGUCCAAUCAGACGGAAGCAUCUCAAAACAUGACAUGUUUGACUUCCUGCAUCUGACAGCGGCUGGCUAUCAAACCCUCAGCAAACCUCUCCACGACCUCCUGCUGCAGACGCUGGAGGAGACCUCUGACAGCGCACCGCACACACAGUCUGUCUCCUCUCAGUUUGAUCUGCUUUAACAUGAUGCUGCCAAAGCACCAGUACAGAUGUAUUUUCUCCUCCUCCAAGUGUUCUUACUGUAUGUAAACAUAAACAUAACAUUGUCAUAAUAAGAUAUUAAAAGCUUUUAAAUGUGUGAACUGUAUAGCAGUUAGUAUCACAUCAUAUGAAAUCCCUGUUUUUAUCGAUGAAUUGUAUAUUUAGUGUAGUGCUGUCAAAUGAUUAAUCGUGAUGAAUCCAAAAUAAAAGUUUUUGUUUACUAAA